ACAAGAGUGAAAGAAACUUUGCGAUGGCGUUUGUGCGUCUAAUGAAGGAAGACGGGACCGUUCUGAGAGAUGGCAUACAUGAGCUCACUGUCUUUAAGGGUGACAGUAAGCGCAUGGAGGAGGUCAGCUCGUAUCUGUCCCUGCCGUCCGAGCGCAGUCACUCUGACAGCCACAAGACGGCGACGCUGAUGCGCAGCUCCAGCAGUGUGGGCGGCCUGUCCGUCAGCUCCAGAGACACGUUAACCAUCGCAACACUCGUCUGCUCCACCAAACUCACCCAGAACGGUGUGUGUGCCGGGGGAACGGGCAAGAGAGUCUCGUAG